ACCAACAGCCCACCCUCUGGAGUUACAUACGCUCAUGAUGUCUUGGACUGUGGCCUCAAGCCAUGCCCCCUGCCUUUUUCUAGCCUUUCUGCAGAUCCCAUGGGCAGAUAUGGACAGCCAGAUAGCAUAGGGACAACACCUACACACCCUGCCAACGCUGCAGGGGCCUCUGCUCCGAGCCCUAGGAUUGAAAUUACUCCAUAUCAUGAACUGAUUCAUUCAGGGGGUCCCUUCCGCAGCAAAGACACAGAUGUUCUUUUGGUAGAACAUCAGUCAAACUCAGCUACCACUAGCCCAAGGGUUACCCUGCCUGUCCCUGGCUUUGAGGGCUACAGAGAACCACUGUGUUUGAGCCCAGCUAGUAGCGGCUCCUCUGCAAGUUUCAUUUCAGAGACAAAUGUAUCUCCUUGCACAUCACCAUGUGUUUCACCAAAUAAUGGUCCUAGUGAUGACCUUUGUCCACAGUUUCAAAACAUCCAUACUCAUUAUUCUCCUAGAACCUCUCCAAUAAUGUCACCACGAACAAGCAUCACGGAGGAAACCUGCUUGGGACGACAUUCACCAUCACCCUGUCCCAACUCAAGGUCUUCGUCACCAGGUGCAAAACGGAGGUACUCUUGCACUGAGCUCUACAGUACUCAGCUGCCUUCCACUUCUCCACGACAGUCAAGGACCCCCUCUCCACAAUCCUCUCCUCGCAUCCCCUUGAGAGAAGACAACUCUUCGGUUACUUACACGCAGUUGCCCAGUGCUUCUCUUUCCAUGGAUGCUAUGAGCAGCCUUCCUACGGAUCCUUCCUGUGGUGUUCCCACGAAAAUUUGGAAAACCAGCCCUGAUCCUUCAUCAAUGCCUUCCCACAAAAACAGCAUUCCAUGUCACGUCUUUCAGACUGUUGACUUCCACGGGCCUUGUGAGCAGGAGGACAGGAGAAACUCAGCCCCAGAAUCAAUUUUGUUGGUACCUCCAUCCUGGACAAAGCAACUGGUGCCUGCAAUACCUAUCUGCAGUUUGCCCGUCCAGUCGCUCCCGCCCCUCGAGUGGCCGCUUUCCAGCCAGUCUGGUUCCUACGAGCUGCGGAUUGAGGUACAGCCGAAGCCCCACCACCGGGCGCACUAUGAGACAGAGGGAAGCCGAGGGGCCGUCAAGGCACCGACCGGAGGCCACCCCGUUGUCCAGCUUCACGGUUACAUGGAGAACAAACCCUUGGGUCUUCAGAUCUUCAUUGGGACAGCAGACGAACGGAUACUUAAACCUCAUGCUUUCUAUCAAGUCCAUCGCAUUACGGGAAAAACCGUCACCACCACCAGCUAUGAAAAAAUCAUUGGCAACACCAAAGUUUUAGAGAUCCCACUGGAACCCAAAAACAACAUGAAAGCAACCAUUGACUGCGCAGGGAUUUUGAAGCUGAGGAAUGCAGACAUCGAGCUGCGCAAGGGAGAGACGGACAUCGGCAGGAAGAACACCCGUGUGCGGCUCGUCUUCCGCGUGCAUAUCCCAGAGUCCAACGGCAGGAUCAUUUCUCUGCAAGCAGCAUCGAACCCCAUUGAAUGCUCCCAAAGGUCUGCCCAUGAACUUCCAAUGGUUGAAAGACAAGAUAUUGAUAGCUGCCUCGUUUAUGGAGGACAACAGAUGAUCCUCACCGGACAAAAUUUCACAGCAGAGUCCAAGGUGGUGUUCACAGAGAAAACGUCAGAUGGGCAGCAGAUCUGGGAAAUGGAGGCAACAGUGGACAAAGAUAAGAGCCAGCCUAGCAUGCUUUUUGUAGAAGUACCAGAGUACCGUAAUAAGCACAUUCGCACAGCUGUGAAGGUGAAUUUUUAUGUCAUCAAUGGGAAAAGAAAAAGAAGCCAACCCCAGCAUUUUACCUAUCACCCAGUACCAUCAAUCAAAACAGAGCCCAUUGAUGACUAUGAUCCAGCCUUAAUCUGCAAUACAGUACACAGUGGUCUGGGAACAGUAACACAGCCUUACUAUUCACAGCAUACAAUGGUCACCGAAUCCCCUUCCUGUCUUGUGGCCACUAUGGCUCCUUGCCAGCAGUUGCGCUCAGGCCUUUCUUCUCCUGAUUCCCGAUACCAUCAGCAGAAUCCAGCCGCUGUAAUAUAUCAAAGAAGCAAGAGCCUUAGCCCAAGCCAACUGGGCUACCAGCAGUCCAAUUUGAUGGCUACACCAGUUGCUAUUUCAGAUGCCCAUAGGUCAGUGCUGGUGCACGCUGGUUCUCCAGGCCAAACUUCAGCAGUGCUCCACCACUCUCCAGGCAACCAACAGUCUUCUCCAGUGAUUCACUAUUCUCCAACCAACCAACAGCUGAGGUGUGGAAGUCACCAAGAAUUUCAGCACAUCAUGUGCUGUGAAAAUUUUACGUCCAAUGUUGCAAGAUCCAGCCAGCCCCAGGUCAGUCAAGCACAAAGGUUAAGUCCAAGUUCAUAUCCUACCGUGAUUCAGCAGCAGACAGCCUCAGGCCAGCGAGCAGCAAAAAAUGGACCACCGGUUAGCGACCAGAAAGAAGUGUUACCAGCUGGAGUCACUAUAAAACAGGAACAGAAUCUGGACCAAGCAUAUCUGGAUGACGUUAAUGAAAUUAUCAGGAAGGAAUUUUCUGGACUCCCUGCCAGAAAUCAGACAUAGAAGAAGAGAUUUGUGAGACAACUUUUACCGAAUCCUUCCAUAACUGACCUCUUAGAUCCUUCCAAUGCCCCUGCAACCUCCCGCUUCCUCAACUGUUCAUCUCAAGGCACCAAUUCAAUGCAAGGAACAAUGUAUUGGCAUCAAGCUGACAGCCUUGACUAAGCAACUCGCCACCUCUCUCUGUAAACAUCGAGAAGGACACCCUUCCUUUCGUCCAAAGAUCGUAUUGUUCUUGUAUAACAGAGCAUCUGUCUGAGGAAACUCUUCAAGCCUGCUGCAAAAUAUCUAUCUAUGUAUCGAUCCAUCUUAGUAAUAAGGGAGAAGUGAGAUGUCACUCCUGAACGCCACACAAAGCAAGGGAGGUUAUAUG